AGCCCCGCAGCUCCGGCCCCGUCCCCCGAGCUCCGCCAGCGAGUGCCGCCGCGGCCCGGCCGGUGCGGGCAAGGCGUGCGGUCCGCGCGCGGGCCCCGGGGUGCGGGCGAGCUAGCGAGCGAGCGAGCGGCAGCGGCUGCGGCGGUCGCGCGAAGCCCGGGGAGGCGGGACGCAGAGCCGGAGCGCGGCCCGGACCCGGCGGGAGCCGGAGCAGCGCUGGCGUGGAUGCUCCCAUCGCUUGGUCUUUGGAGACUCGGUUGCUUUUUAAUGGCAGCAACGGCUGUUGGGUGAGCAACUGGAGACUAGAGUGUGUUUCGACUGGAGAGGGUCGCUUUUGCUUGGCGCCAUCACUGCUGGAUUGGUCCUUUCUGGCCCUUCCGCUGUUGAAGGGAGAAGAUGCCACUGCCAUUUGGAUUGAAAUUGAAACGCACCCGACGCUACACUGUGUCCAGCAAGAGCUGCCUGGUUGCACGGAUCCAGCUGCUCAAUAAUGAGUUUGUGGAGUUCACUCUGUCUGUGGAGAGCACUGGCCAGGAGAGCCUAGAAGCUGUGGCCCAACGCCUGGAGCUGAGAGAGGUCACGUACUUCAGCCUCUGGUACUACAACAAGCAGAAUCAGCGGCGCUGGGUGGAUUUGGAGAAGCCCCUGAAGAAGCAGCUGGACAAGCAUGCACUGGAGCCCACCGUCUACUUUGGAGUGGUGUUCUAUGUGCCUUCAGUGUCCCAGCUGCAGCAGGAGAUUACCAGGUAUCAGUAUUACCUGCAGCUGAAGAAGGAUAUUCUGGAAGGAAACCUUCCCUGUACGUUAGAACAAGCCAUUCAGCUGGCCGGCUUAGCUGUUCAAGCUGAUUUUGGUGACUUUGAUCAGUAUGAAUCCCAAGAUUUUCUUCAGAAAUUUGCCUUGCUCCCUGUGGGGUGGCUACAGGAUGAAAAAGUGCUGGAAGAAGCAGCCCAAAAAGUGGCCUUGCUGCAUCAGAAAUACAGAGGGCUCACAGCUCCUGAGGCCGAGCUGCUAUACAUGCAGGAGGUAGAGAGAAUGGAUGGCUACGGAGAGGAGAGCUACCCUGCCAAGGACAGCCAAGGAAGUGACAUAUCCAUUGGUGCUUGUCUCGAUGGCAUCUUUGUGAAACACAAGAAUGGAAGGCCUCCCGUGGUGUUCAGGUGGCACGACAUUGCUAACAUGUCGCACAACAAGUCCUUCUUUGCAUUAGAGCUGACAAAUAAAGAGGAGACCAUCCAGUUUCAAACUGAGGACAUGGAAACAGCAAAGUACGUGUGGAGGCUGUGUGUGGCACGGCACAAAUUUUACAGAAUGAACCAGUGCGACCUGCAAACUCAGGCUGCCACGCUGAACUCAGUCAGGAGGGGCUCAUCUUCCAGGAUGUCUCUGCCUAAACCCCAGCCCUAUGCGAUGCCUCCCCCACCCCAGCUGCAUUAUAAUGGACAUUAUACAGAGCCAUUUGCUUCUUCCCAAGAUAACAUCUUUGUGCCCAACAAGAAUGGAUUCUACUGUCACUCCCAGACAAGCUUGGACAGAACCCAAAUUGACCUCAGUGGCCGCAUCCGCAACGGCAGCGUCUACAGUGCACACAGUACGAACUCCUUAAGCACACCUCAGCCCUACCUGCAGCCCUCCCCGAUGUCCUCCAACCCCAGUAUCACUGGCAGUGAUGUCAUGAGACCCGACUACAUCCCGUCCCACCGGCACAGUGCACUGAUUCCCCCGUCUUACCGCCCGACCCCUGACUAUGAGACCGUGAUGAAGCAGCUCAACAGAGGCAUGGUGCAUGCAGACAGGCAUAGCCACUCGCUGAGGAACCUCAACAUUGGCAGUUCCUAUGCGUACAGCAGGCCUGAUGCCUUGGUCUACAGCCAGCCUGAGAUUCGGGAGCACCCACACCUCACCUCUCCCCAGUCAGCCAACUACCCCUUUAACCUGAACUACAGCUUCCACAGCCAGUCUCCGUAUCCCUACCCUGCCGAGAGGCGGCCUGUGGUGGGUGCAGUGAGUGUGCCUGAGCUGACCAAUGUGCAGCUGCAGGCCCAGGACUACCCGGCUCCAAACAUUAUGAGAACCCAGGUGUACCGGCCACCCCCGCCGUAUCCUUACCCAAGACCUGCCAACAGCACCCCAGACCUGUCCCGCCACCUCUACAUCAGCAGCAGCAAUCCGGAUCUCAUUACCAGGCGUGUCCAUCACUCGGUGCAGACUUUCCAGGAGGACAGCUUGCCCGUGGCUCACUCUCUGCAGGAGGUCAGUGAGCCCCUCACAGCAGCACGGCAUGCCCACCUACAGAAGAGGAACAGUAUUGAAAUCGCAGGGCUCACGCACGGUUUCGAAGGCCUGAGGCUCAAGGAGAGGACUAUGUCAGCCUCGGCAGCAGAUGUGGCACCCCGGACCUUCUCAGCAGGCUCCCAGUCGAGCGUCUUCUCUGACAGAGUGAAGCAGGAGGGGACUGAAGAGCAGGAGAGUGGCAGAUACAGCCACAAGAAGUCUCUUUCUGAUGCCACUAUGCUGAUUCACAGCAGUGAGGAGGACGAGGACUUGGAAGAGGACAGCAGCAGAGAGCACGCCAUCUCAGCAGGGUCUGAGCCCCGCCUCGCGGCUGCUCUCUCUCAGGAACAACAGCUAAACUACCCCUGCGCGUCAGUGACUCCGGUCACUGGCCCUCUGCAUAUUUUUGAGCCCAAGCCCCAUGUUACAGAGCCUGAGAAGAGGGCGAAGGACAUCAGCCCUGUCCACCUGGUUGUGGAGACCCAUCGGCCCCGAAGAGAUGGACUGCUGACCCCCUCCAUGUCCGAGUCAGACCUCACGACGUCAGGGAGGUACCGAGCUAGGAGGGACUCGCUCAAGAAAAGGCCCGUGUCGGACCUCCUCUCUGGGAAGAAGAACAUUGUGGAAGGACUUCCGCCACUAGGGGGAAUGAAAAAGACUCGAGCAGAUGCAAAAAAAAUUGGUCCCCUCAAGCUGGCAGCCCUCAAUGGACUCUCCCUGUCCCGCCUGCCCCUGCCUGAUGAAGGAAAAGAAGUGUCUACCAGAGCGACAAAUGACGAGAGGUGUAAGGUUCUGGAGCAGCGGUUAGAGCAAGGCAUGGUCUUCACUGAAUACGAGAGGAUCCUUAAAAAGCGCUUGGUUGAUGGCCAGUGCUCAACAGCCCGGCUCCCUGAAAACGCAGAGAGAAAUCGAUUCCAAGAUGUGCUCCCCUAUGAUGAUGCGAGAGUCGAGUUGGUACCAACCAAGGAGAACAACACUGGCUACAUCAACGCGUCACACAUUAAGGUCUCUGUCAGCGGAACAGAAUGGGAUUAUAUUGCCACACAGGGACCAUUACAGAAUACCUGCCAGGACUUUUGGCAGAUGGUGUGGGAACAGGGAGUCGCAAUUAUAGCAAUGGUGACAGCGGAAGAGGAGGGAGGUCGGGAGAAGAGCUUUAGGUACUGGCCACGGCUUGGUUCCAGGCACAACACUGUCACCUACGGAAGGUUUAAGAUCACAACUCGCUUCCGCACGGACUCGGGCUGCUAUGCCACCACAGGUCUGAAGAUGAAGCACCUUCUCACAGGGCAGGAGCGGACAGUGUGGCAUCUCCAGUACACAGACUGGCCUGAACAUGGGUGUCCUGAGGACCUCAAGGGAUUUUUAUCCUACCUUGAAGAGAUCCAGUCAGUUCGACGUCAUACAAACAGUGCAAGUGAACCGAAAAGCCCCAACCCCCCACUGCUGGUGCACUGCAGUGCCGGUGUGGGAAGAACUGGGGUUGUCAUUCUGUCAGAGAUCAUGGUUGCCUGUCUGGAACACAAUGAGGUGCUGGACAUCCCCAGAGUGCUGGCCAUGCUGAGACAGCAGAGGAUGAUGCUGGUGCAGACGCUUAGCCAGUAUACAUUUGUGUACAGAGUUCUCAUUCAGUUCCUGAAAAGCUCCAGGCUCAUUUAAGCUCCAACACUUUUUUUUAUGGGGACCCAAUCACGUGAAGUGUUUACAGCUUUAAAAAAAAAAAAAAAGGAAAGAAAAAAGUGCAGCUCCUACUUCGUUUCCAGUAGUUCCAUGUGGGGAUCCUGAACAGGAAGUGUGCAUGAAGAGCUGAAGCAGCGUGCGAAGCCCGAGGCUGAGGAGGUCUGUGGGACCUGGCCCAGGCCGAGGAGGCAGGCUGCUGCCCUGGCUGCAUCUGCCCAGUUUGCCGCACUUGCACGAGGUCUGGAGAUUGUAUUUUCUAGACAGUUCUCUGUCUUACUGAAGCUGCACUGGGCAGUUCCGGCAAUCAUUAAGGCACACAGACUUCUAUCUUAAACUAUUUUUUUGAUAAUGUAAUCUUAUGACUAAAUAGGGCUUUUUCUUUUUUAGCUAGAAGCUGAACUGAACUUUUCGGUGGGACAUUCACAAACUGUGUGGUUCCUGAGUAACUGUAUUUAAAACUAUUUUUAGCUUUUGUUUAAGAACAAAAAACAUAGGGGAACUAAGUGUUUUAUUCAUGAAAUCCAAAAUGAAAGAAAAUCUAAAAGUGUUAUUUUGAAACAUAGAAAGGAUUUUUAUAUUCAGAAUGUUUUUUUAAAAGUUAUAUAUUUGUACCUUCUAUAUUUUCCAAAUAAGAGCUCAAUUUGUUAUGAUACUGAGUCAGUUAGUGUAAAGUUGGGGAUAAAGGCACAUUAUUUAAAAAUCUAAGACUCAGAUUCACUAUUUUUCAGUAUUACUAAUAAGCAUAAAAUGAGUUUGAUUUUAUUGAUUGAAAAUGAAGAAAGAGCAAUUGCAUAGGAUGGUUUUAAGCACUUUUUUUUGUUAAAAACGAGUUUAAUAUAUGUGGCUUUAUAUUUUAAACAACAGUGGACACUUUCAAAGAGAAGGGCUCUGAGUACGUCAGAUGACUAGGGGAAGUGUAAGUGCGUGCAGUGCUCACACGGAAGACAUGGUCGCUACACAAAUGCAGUAUUAAGUAUGCUCACACCGAGAGCUGAGAUGGAGCGGAAGUUCAGGGCUGCUGUCACAGGAACUCAAGGCCUGCCACCAUCGAUGACUGACGUCGUGUAUUGAGGUUCUUCCUGUCUUUUCCCCACAAACAAGGUCAGGUUUACAUUACCAUUAGAGAACCCCGAAAGGCUUUGUUUCCUUUAGGUUGAAAGAAGGAAAUGGUUAACAUGAGGCUCCUUUCCCUAAACCACAGCCCACUUCCAGGGCCACCUGAAAUUGCUGUGGUGUUCAGGAGGUACUUGAACUUAGCACCAUAAUCCUGUUCGAGCACAUUCUCUACUGGUCAGAACCGGGUCAGGUUUUGGAGUGGAAAGUGGUGCUCUUGGCCCAGGCUAAAUCUCCUUUGGGAAAUGUGGAGGAGAAGCUGGCACCCUUAACUGAGGUGUGUCAUGUUGUCCAUGUGUGUCCGUGCCCCCGCAUCCUAGGCUGCCGCUUCCCAGUAUAGACCUUCUAGAAUGUCCCAUCUAGGACUAGCUCCCAAAUGACACUGUCUGCCAUCAUUCUCAUUUGACUGUGGUGAGCAUCACCCUCCAUGACAAGUGUGUGCCAGCCCAACUAAGCACAGUAGACUCAAGUGGCUAGCACCCCAGGGUGGGACUGUGGGCUCUAGUCUCCAUCUCAGCCGUGGGACAGGCAGGGCUCUGCUGAAGCUUUUCUUUCAAUGGUACGUUCUUCGAAGACGCUUUCCUACCACACCUAAACAUCUGGAAAUUUCCCACUGACAAGAACAUAUUGUAAAACAAAACUUUAAUUAAAGAGUAAUAUAUGGCA